AAUCUUAUUUUGCUCAUAGUUUCAAUAACAUGUUCCGGAAGUUACUUCUGUGGGUUAAUUAUGCCUUGUGUAAAAAUGUAUUUCCUCUUGCCAGUUUUUUUUUAAAAUUUACCCCCACUCAUUCUCAUAUGUUGUUCCUAUGCACUAUGGAGACAGAUGCCUCAGACAAGCAGGGCUAGAUCCAUAGAUCAGCUGCUACCUGCUAGCAGAUUAUGAUAUAUACUGUGAUGUGAGAGACGAUGCUAACAAUAUUCAGUGUCACAGUCACGGCCCCUAUUCUCCAGUGUGUUGGACUGUGUACACCUCCCGAGUUCUGACACCUCGGCCAGGGAGCUCGCUGCAGGCCCCCACUCCCGGCCAAUGACAGGCCGAAUCGCUGCGCGUGUCCGGAGGUCGUGGUGGUGGCCCCUAGGCUACAGCGCCGGGCAGAGGCACUAAGAAAGCAGAAGAACCUUCCCUUCCGCCUCGGUAGGUCUGAGCGCGGGAGCAUAUAACGUGACCUCUCCGCCACUUCCGCCUCAGUAGAUGUCAUGGCGGCGGAGCCAGCCUCACACGUGACCGCGGGCGGGCGGAGCUCUGUCCCACACGCUCUCGCGCGCAGCCUCGCUUUCCCCCCGCCCGCGUCCCCCUCUCGCCCUGGCCGCUCGCGCAGCUGCUCGGCUCUUGCUAUAUAAAGGGGCGAAGCGGGCAGAGCGGGCGGCUGGUGGCGGCGGCUGCAGCCCGAGGGCCGGCGAACGAGGCCGGGCCAGGCCGCGGGGCUCCCCGUGUGCCGGGGCGGGACGCGUGGGGCUCGGGGGGGACGCGCCGGGCAGGUUUAUUGUUUUAGGGGCGACUCCGCCGCGGUGGGGGUGUCCCGGGGGGCUCGGGACAUGGCGAGCUCGACUAACACAAACCCCGUGCCUAAACUGUACAGGUCCGUAAUUGAAGAUGUCAUCAAUGAUGUCCGAGAAGUUUUUCUGGAUGAAGGAGUAGAUGAACAAGUCCUUUUGGAACUCAAAACACUGUGGGAGAACAAGCUGAUGCAGUCCAAGGCUGUAGAUGGGUUUCAUUCAGAAGAACAGCAACUUUUGUUGCAGGUUCAGCAGCAGCAACAGCAGCAGCAGCAUCAUCACCACCAUCAUCAUCAUCAUCCACAACCACAGCAGACUGUGCAGCAGCAAUCCCAGACACAACAAGUCCUUAUUCCUGCAUCCCAGCAAGCACCUCAGCAGCAGGUUAUUGUGCCAGAUUCAAAGCUGAUACAGCACAUGAAUGCAUCAGGCAUGAGUGCAGCUGCCACAGCAGCUACCUUGGCUUUGCCUGCUGGUGUUACUCCUGUUCAGCAGAUACUUACAAAUUCAGGCCAGAUCCUGCAGGUAGUUAGAACUGCAAAUGGAGCUCAGUAUAUCAUUCAGCAACAGCAGCCCGUGGUUCUACAGCAACAGGUUAUACCACAGAUGCAGCCGGGUGGUGUACAAGCUCCUGUUAUACAGCAGGUUUUGGCUCCUCUCCCUGGAGGGAUCUCCCAGCAGACAGGAGUGAUUAUUCAGCCGCAGCAAAUCCUAUUUACAGGGAACAAAACACAGGUCAUACCCACAACAGUGGCAGCUCCUACACCGGCACAAGCACAGAUUACUGCUGCCGGUCAGCAGCAACCACAGCAACAGGCGCAACCACAAGCACCACUUGUACUCCAAGUUGAUGGAGCUGGAGACACAUCUUCUGAAGAAGAAGAAGAUGAGGAAGAAGAUUAUGAUGAUGAUGAAGAGGAAGACAAAGAAAAAGAUGGAGGUGAAGAUGGCCAGGUUGAAGAGGAGCCCCUUAAUAGUGAAGAUGAUGUGAGUGAUGAGGAAGGACAAGAGCUGUUUGAUACAGAGAAUGUUGUCGUAUGUCAGUAUGAUAAGAUCCAUAGAAGUAAAAACAAGUGGAAGUUUCACCUCAAAGAUGGCAUAAUGAAUCUCAAUGGAAGAGAUUACGUAUUUUCCAAAGCCAUUGGAGAUGCAGAAUGGUGAAGUUUUUAAAACAAAAAACUAGAAAAAAA